AUGGCCCCCCUUUUCGCUAAGCGAUUGCAGUGCUUCUACUGCGGGCGUCGCUCUGCCCAGCAUGGCAAGGACCCCGUCCGCAAAUGGCGCUGCAGCCAUUGCGAAGCCUUCAACUACCUGGACGAGAAAGGAGAAAUCACAGACCCUCCCGCCGCAGAAACAAACCCGGAUGUGUACGGCCCAGGAGCAUCGAGUCCGCCCUUCGAAUCCACCGACUUUACGGCCUCCAGCUUGUUUUGCGCCCAGUGUCUCCGCAACCAACACCUAUACACCAGCGCCCUGGCCUCCUUUUUCCCAUCGUCCGAUGACCCGAACUACGGCGCAUACGAGAAAGAGUUUCCUAAAUACCGCAAGAACAUGGAAGAACGAUACCCGCAGGUGUGCGUCAAGUGCGAACCCCGAGUGAAGGCGCGCAUUCGCCAGACCGGCUAUGAGGCCAAAUCCGAUCACCUACGACGCAUGAUGGACCGGAGCAAAGCUGGGAGGGCGGCCAGACAUGCACGCCAAUGGAAUUGGAGGAGUCUUCUGGUCUGGGCUGGCGCUAUGUGUUACUGGGUUAGUGUUGCUGGUCAACUGAGCUGGAACGUGUGGAGUGCUUUGACCGUCGAGGAACCCGAGCCCCUGCAGGAUCCAGAUGCCUCUGCGACGUCGCCGUCCAUGGUGACUUGUGUGCGCCAGACGCUGGAGGCGCGCCGGAUUCCGAGUUAUUGUUCAAUGGAUUUGGCACCGUACGCCGGCCUUGCUCUCAUCGCGGGCAUUCUGUCUCUGUGGUGGAACCCGAAGCUGCGGCUCAAGGUCGAAGGGAGAGGGGGUCGGUUUGUUGGUCUGAGUGAAUACUAUCAGGUCCAGCUUAUAAUCAUGGUGGUGCGGUGCGCAUUCUGGGGCGUUCUGAAAGAUCCAUCGUCGAGUGGUCUAGAGCCAGCCCUGCCACCGACUUUGCAUCUCUUCAUGGUUUUCUUCACGAUAGUGGCUGUUAUGAUCUCGCGACGCAUUGUGCGCUAUGACACCCGUCCGUUGGUUGUAUGGACCGAUCCUACCCCCGCAGCUACACCAAACCCCAGGACCGAAGCAUCCCCUUUGCCCAGUACAAGCAGCAAACAUACGUUAGGAACCCCAAAUGGCGAUCUUCGGCAGCGCCCCUCUCGCUUUCCUAUUGAGAAACUGGCCGCCCCCCAAACAGCACCGGAGGAGCCACGCUUUUCCACGCCGCCCCCCGAACCGGACGACAUGGAUUGGACCCCUUCUGUGCAGCACGAACUCACUCCAACCGUCAGCGUUCGCCAAAGGGACCAGAAAUCUGUUCUCGAUGGGCCUAUGCCUUUCUAUGGCUCUGUGCCCCCCGCGCCGCAGCCCCCCGCAUGGAGCUUGCGUAAGCCCGCCCAACGUCCGAAGCCCAUUGAGCAAGUUGUCGAACGCAAUCCAUUCCAUCGUACCCCCAUGCAAACGAACCAGUGGCAACGAAGCACUGGCAAUGCGGACUCGGUGUUUGCCCCGCCCAAAUUCUUCCCCGUGAGCGACCAUGCUGCAUCAACUGGUCUUGAGAGCCUGUUUGAUCGGACGUUCACCAUCAAGUCGCCAGAAGAUGGAGAAGACGAGUCGUGGCAGGGGCGCCAUCAGGCACCGCACACCAAGUCCCGCAACUCGGCCAACCUACAGGGGUAUUUUGCGUUUCAGUAUCUCCGACUGGGUCUGCUUCUGUUCUCUCUCGUCGCCUGGUAUCUCUCACAAUUUGACCGCUUCUCAAUCCCCGGGAAUUAUGUCGAGGUGGCCUCCCUGGGCAGCGCCAGCUUGAUUGCCGGAUUUGCUCUGCUGGAGACCCUCAAGCAACCGAUCGUGCAGUGGAACGGCAUGGAAAUCCUUGUCUACUUCGCCGAGCUUGUAGCCGCAGUUCAUAUCGGGGGUAACCUCCCGCGAGUCCACUUUGAACGGCAGUAUUUCGAUCGAUACGGGCAGUUACUUUUGAUCUUCAUGACAGCCCAGGAGGCAUUGAGCCUACUGUCCCUCUAUAGCAUAGCCAAGGCUCGCAACACUGGUCCGCAGCAGCAGCAAUCGGAACAUGACGAACCAUCGGAUGGGCCCGCCUCUAGGGGUUCGCCUGAGGCGGCGACCAACAACCAGCUGCAAUCAUUCAGGUCUCGGUCAUCCGUGCCUCCGCCUCUCUCCUUCGCCUCUACUGCCCCUAGCUCCACCUUCCAGACGCAGUCGCCUGAGCCGUACUACUCACUCGCGCCCUCGCCAUACGACGGAGCCUUCAACAAAGACCACAGCUUCAGCUUGAAUAGUUUGAAGGCGAACGAAUCCGACGUCUCUGACUUCUACGAUCGCGAUUCGGAUAACGAAACCACCGUCACCACCGCAACCACCGCGACGAACAACACAAUCCACAACAUCCGCUACGGACGGACCAGCAACGAUGCGAUGUUCUCUCCCAAGCGCUCCGAGCUGGGACCCGGCUUCGGGGGAUUGAGUCUGGAAGAUAGGCCCACCGCCCGUCGAGUCACCCGCAGCCAGACCAAACUGCAAGGGGCCGGCGAUGGGUUACGCCGGUUCACCACCCGGGGAGUCCGGUAGUUCCAGCAGCCCAGUUUUUUGUCUUUUCUUCUUUUUUUUUUUUUUU